AUGUCCUCCUCAACAGCAGCUGCGGCGGCAGCAGCGACCGCACCACCUCUACCUUUUUCCCUAGCGAACGAACUCAAGGCUCUCCAACACGAAAAGCGGAAUCAAAAGCUGUCGCGCCUGCCCGCGAACGCCACCAUCCAACGACGCCCCCUGAACCACGCGCCCGUCGCGGACCUGCGCUCCUCGGGGACCAAGACGCCGAAGGUGGUCUACGUGUCGGCGCGCACGCCCGUGGUCGCGGCGAUCAAGCGGGUCAAGAAGUACCUGGUGCACAUUGAGCGGCGGGCACUUGAGGACGCUGGGGGCGGGUUCGCGGCGAGGAAACAUGGACACGGAAAAGGGGGAGGACACCCGGCAAAGGCGGCCGAGAAGGCGAAUGAGGCACUCGCCCGCGACAAGGAGGAGGUGCUCGUCAAGGCGAGCGGGCGGGCAAUGGGCCAGGCGCUGCGGGUGGGCGAGUGGUUCCGGAACAAGGAGAAGGACAUGCUGUGUCGGGUUGAGGUCAGGACGGGAAAUGUCAGCACGGUGGACGAUAUUGUGCAGCUUGACGACUUGGUGGAAGGGGAGGAAGACGAGCAUGCCGAGCAUGACGAUCCAGGACAGAACGAGAAAAAUGAACAUGUCGAUGAGGGUACGCUCGAAGAAGCGGCCAAGCCUUCAACACUGCAAUGCGGCGAUACGACCCUGGAGUUAUUGGGUGGUGUUGACGUGGCUACAACGAGUUCCGGCGAGAAUAAGAGCCAGUCAACACUGGCUGAGGCACAAAUGGGAAUGUCGGCGGCAGAACAAAGUGCGAAAGAUACAGCUAUGGAUAACUCCUUGCCCAACCACAACCGGCGAAGGAGGAAGAAACGAAAGAGGCCAACGUACGAGGCAGAGAAUCUCCCCGAAGCACGGAUCAGGUGGAUCAAGACGGUCGAAGUUGCAAUAUCUCUGCAAACUUGA